UUUUUUUUUCGUCUGAAUGCCAUCCUGGCCUUCUCGCCAUCAUCCCAAAUGAUUCGCGCUGCGGGCGGGUUGCGCAGCGCGCGCACUUCCUUUCGCAACGAUAUUCUCCUACGAUCGUCCCAUGCGAAUACCCUCGCACGUCGCGGCAAUGAGCUACGCACCGUGGCUCGCCAGCAGCAGCACAGGACGCUGCUACUCAACCGUGCGAGUUGCCACGACCGCGUACUUACUGCCAGUUUGGGGCUCGUAUCAGGCGGAAUCAUCGUCACUUCCGCGGUAAACAAACAAGAACAAGGCAUCAAUCUCGAAGAGGCUAUUAAAAAUUUGUACGGAGACGCGAACGAGCUAUUUUACCGUGGAAAUGGACGACAGUUCGAUGAACCAUGGUAUGAAGACACGAACAAGAAAGCUGUUGCAGCGUUGAUUGCAGCCAACACGCUGGUCUUUGGAUUGUGGCGCGUGUCAUUCCGGAACGCGAGACUGCACCAGUUCAUGUGGCGCCACUUUGCCAGUUCUUACAACGCUGUAGUGCAUGGCAAAAGGUUCCAUACGCUGCUAACAUCGGCAUUCAGCCACAUCACAUUCCCGCAUUUUGGCAUCAACAUGUUCAUGUUGUGGGAAUUUGGACCCCAUAUACUGGCGCCAAGUAACAAUAACUCUGGCGCAUGGUACAAUCGAGCGGUGGCAAACUCGAGAUUCGCUGGUUAUGUGAGGGAAAACUACAACAGCUUAAGGCGCAGACUUGAAUUGCUGUCAGUUGAGAAGUUUAUGGCGCUCUAUUUCACUUCUGCAAUGACGUCGUCUGCACUGAGUGCUUUGGUGUCAAAACUCCGAGGAAACGGGGGAGGUAAGCGUUUAAACCUGUCGAAAUGUGGGGUGGAGAAUGGUUUAUUGAUUAUUGUGUGUGUAGUGUUCUCUAUUGGUGCCAGUGGGGCCGUCUCGGCUGUCUUCACAGUGUCGUGUCUGCUCUUUCCUGACCAACGGGUACGUUGCCUACUUAUUGCUGGUAAAUUUGGUGUUUUAACGUGGUUUUACUGCAUGAUACUAGCUCCUGCUUUACGGGAUCUUCGAUAUGACAUCGGCGCAGAUGCUUGAGCUCUACACUGCACUCAACAUCGUUGGCGCUGCCUACCAACGUAACUUGCGCGUUGACUGUGUAGGUCACUUAGGUGGCCAAGGCGCAGGUUUUGCCUUUCACCAAGUUCCAUCGAGCAAUUAGACGCGACAAACAGCUAGAUUUCCACACAAUACAACAUGGACACUCUACAAGCUUCGCAACUUGGUGUUAUUACUGUAAGCUGCAUGCUUGUCUGUCAGCAAUUCACUAAAAAAAACCAGUUCUAGCCAGCGUAAAACUAAAAGCAUCGACGCUGAAAUUGGCCAAAACGAUUUUACUCCGCCUGCUCCAGGUAAUCCUUCACCUCAGCAGGUG